AUGGCGUCGGGGUCAGCGACGGACGUUGCGAUCCUAAACACCGUCAAGUCAGUAUUCGCCAAAUACUACCCGGCGUCGUUCAGUCCUCAGUACGCGUUCAUCGCCACGUGGAACAAGCUCAAGUACUCAACGUCUAGCCCAGAGACUGUGACGUUUCAAGCAAUUCUAGCCACGGACUACAAAACGACGUAUUACGUCACAGUGUAUGAAGACGACGGCAUGCAGUGGACCGUGCCGAUGUCCGGCGUUCCUGGAAGUAACAACGAGUACGUGGCGCGUGUUGCCAUGUAUUGCGGGCCGACUGAUAAGUACACGUACGAUUACUCACAGCUAUCGUACGGUCAGAUCAGCAACAAGAGCAAAAUCGAGAGGAUUCAAAACGUUUACCAGAUUUACAGCGGUUUUGGCACCGAUGCCGCUGCGCUCUUCCAAAUGCGCAAAGCAUCAGGGUCCAUAUCAUAUGGCGAUGCAGACGGAAGUGUUCCGGCAUACGGGCGUCGUGGCAUUUUUGUGUUUGUUUUGAACACUGUGACGUUUCAUCCGGCCUUGAGCUGCAAAUCGUGGCUGUCUUCUGCUGCGGCAAUAAACGAUAGUAAAUUGGCGCAAAGAUGCCCUGCUACAAAAGCCCAGAUGGUAGCCCCGUCGAGAUUCACGCGAACGGUGGUAGGAGAUUAUGAGUUUUUCUUCAUGCCUGGAACAAAGUCACACGAAGGAAUGAACUGCGGGUACUUAUUACCCGGAAAGGCAAACGCAGGCACCUUGAUUGACAAGUCCUUGUAUAAACUGGUGAACGGAAGUAAUCUGUACAGCCUGUACCGAGGCCGCUCCAGUUCCGACGCCGACUACGUUGCGGAGCAGGCAGCAUAUAGCGACUGUUGCCGCACGGGUGACGGGCUGACCACGCAGAAGGUCUGCGACAUGUAUCUCGCUAAGAGGCCACCGUGUGACGGGUCAACGUUCGUCGCCGGAGGGGCAGGCGGCGGUGAAGGCGACCCCCAUAUCACCACGCUAGACGGCUUCAAGUACACGUUUAAUGGUCAUGGGGAAUACGUUCUCUUGCGCGGCGACAUGUUCGAGCUUCAAGGGCGCGCCGCCCGGGCUGUCGUCGACGGCGCGGAGAGCGACGCUACCAUCAUAGUUUCCGUGGCUGCAAAACAGAAGCCCGAUGGCACAAGGGUGGAGUUCCGAGUGAACGAAGACGGAACAGGCAUAGUCAUUUACAUAAACGGCUCGGAGGAGACCAUAGAUUUUUCGCAGUACCCCAACGGCAAGGGAUAUGCGCAAGUCAUCCUGGAGAAGGCCAUUGUCGACGGCACCGAUACGUUCCGGAUGGUGUUCUACUCCGGCAUUGUCGUGAACGCAAAUCCUACUUCCGGUCUCCUCAGCCUCUCCAUGGCUCUCACGUCAGACUGGAGCGGCAAAGUGAAAGGUCUUAUGGGCAACUUCAACGGAAACAAGAAUGACGAGUUCAUCAAACCGGAUGGUACCAGUCUGGGUAACUCAUCCGCCUUCACCGAACAGCAGAUCUUCGAACAAUACGGAAACCUAUGGAAAAUUUCGGAGGCAGAAUCUCUGUUCACUUACAAAACGGGCGAGACGUGGGCCAGCAUGAAAGACGACAGUUUCACACCAAAGUUCUUCAACCCCAACCUCGAAAUCAUGUUUCCAAACGCGACCGAGCGCACUAACGCUCAGAACAUUUGCUACAAGACAGCGCAGACCGACCCUGACCCGUCGGCAAGGCGGGAAUGCUACUUCGAUUUCGCCGUGCUGAAAGACGCGACCCUUGCACAGAACACGGCGAACAAUAUCCAGAAGGUGACGGAGGAGCAAACAGCGUUGGCCAAUUUCCCGCCACAAAUAACCAACGGUGACGUAACGCUAGAACUUACGGAAGGCGCGUUGGCAGUAGCGAUCAGAACACUCAACGUCAUUGAUAGCAACGGCGACGCUGUCACGUUCGCGGUAGUAAACGGAAGUGUCGCCGGUCUGGCUGUUAAUUCUAGUACAGGCGCCGUCACGUUAGCCUCUGUACCGGCUACUCACCCAUUUUCGAUAACGAUUUCAGCUUCUGACGGCACCGCUAUAACACUUUGGGAACCGAAAAUAAAAUACUGCGCUUGUAAGAACGCCGGCGUUUGUGACUUUAACGUUACUACCACCACCCAGUUCACCGUGGUGCCGUGCAACUGCCCGGCCGCCUGGGAGGGAGCCUUCUGUGAGAAGGACAAAGACGGUUGCAAGGAGAACCCGUGCUAUACAGGUGUGAAGUGCACGGACGUGCCGGCAGGUCUCCUGAGCUCCCAGCCUGCGGGUUUCAAGUGCGACUCGUGUCCCCUGGGACUGCAAGGGAACGGGCAGGACUGUCAGGAUGUCGACGAAUGCUUGCAAACAACGCCGAAAGUGUGUGAUCAGAUCUGCACGAACAAAGUGGGUAGCUACACGUGCUCGUGUAACUCGGGAUACAUGCUGCAGCCGGACCUGAAAACAUGCCUGGAUUAUGAUGAAUGCGCCCUGAACGAGGACGACUGUGACAGCGCCGCCACGUGUACGAACACCGUGGGGAGCUUCAAUUGCACGUGUAAAACCGGAUAUUCUGGCACCGGGAUCUCUGGGGAGUGUGCAGAUGUAAACGAGUGCACGAGCCUCUCGAAACCGUGCCCCGAUAACAGUACAUGCACGAACAACGAGGGAUCUUUCACGUGCCCGUGUGACGCCGGGUACCAGUACAACAGCGUAUCCGGCAAAUGCGAAAAUAUUGACGACUGCAAGCUGUCCGGAGACUGCUCCCAGGUCUGCGUCGACGGACUGAACACAUUCAUGUGCUCCUGUCAGGCGGGCUUCGUGCUCAAUAGCGACCAAAAAACGUGUGCACCGUCCACCGCUUGUUCCACUGAGCAGGCGAACAACUGUAACGGCGGUAACAGCUCCAUAUCCACGUGCGCGGUUAACAACGGCGAGGUCGUCUGCGUAUGUCACACCGGAUAUUCGCUCAACGCACAGAAAAUGUGCGAAGAUAUCAACGAGUGCACAACUGGCACGCAUGCGUGUCAGAGUGCCACGUGUGCUAACACUGUAGGCGGAUACACGUGCACGUGCAAGGCUGGGUUCAAGUUCUCGUCAGGAUCUACACGUGUCUGUGAAGACAUCAACGAAUGCACGACAGGCACGCAUAGCUGUGGUAAUGCCACGUGCGUCAACAAUCCCGGAAGUUUCGCCUGCACGUGCUCGACAGGCUUUCUGUUUUUCAAUGGAACCGGAUGUCUGAACAUCAACGAGUGUUCCAACAACUCCACAAACAACUGUGACGUUAAAUACGGUGUAUGUACGGACACGGACGGGGGUUACACAUGUGCGUGCGCUGCUGGUUACACCGGGAACGGGUAUACGUGCGUCGACUUAAACGAGUGCGACACGACCAAUGGCGGGUGCGCCCAGGGCUGCACAAACACCAUCGGCGGGCACUCGUGUUACUGUGGUCAAGGUUACGUGCUUAACGCAGACGGACGUGCGUGUAACGACGUGAACGAGUGCGCCUCCUCCUCUACCAACGGAUGCUAUAACAACACCUACUGCACGAACACCGCGGGAAAGUUCACGUGCACGUGCCCGAUGGACUUCGAACUCAAGGCGGAUGGCUUCACUUGUCAAUCGAUCCACGUGUGUGCCUCAAGCAACGAGUGCGCAUACACGUGUAACCGGAUUGGCGGAAUUGACACGUGCACGUGUGAGAAGGGUUACCAGCUGAACACGGAUGGGGCCAUGUGCUCAGAUAUCAACGAAUGUGCCGUCUCCGGCUCGACGCUGUGCCCUGUCUCAAACAACGUCAUCUGUCAGAACACAGUCGGGGGUUACACGUGCGUCUGUAAAAGCGACAAGUACCGCAAGGUUGAGGAAGCCAGAUGCGUCAAUAUAGACGAGUGCUUGAACAGCCCGUGCGCCGUAAACGCCGACUGUCAAGACCAAGACCCUGGGUACACAUGCACGUGUAAGACUGGCUUCACCAGCGUUGCGGGCACGUGCACGGACAUCAACGAGUGUACUGCUGGGACACACGCGUGUCACGCAACAUUUGCCACGUGCACGAAUACACAGGGUUCAUACUCGUGUCAGUGCAAGCCUGGCUACCAAGGAAACGGUGAAACGUGCACAGAGAUUAACGAAUGUGCUCUCGGCACGCAUGCGUGUGAUACCAGCGUCGGCACUUGCACCAACACUGCGGGAAGUUACACGUGCGCAUGCGCAGUUGGGUUUGCGCUGGGACCCAAUCAGCAAUCGUGUGUUGAUGUUAACGAAUGUACGACGGGAACGCACGGAUGUGGGCACUCGUGCACAAACACUGCAGGGAGUUUUACCUGCACGUGUAAGUCUGGCUUCCGGUUAGCAGGGGACCAGCGUUCCUGUAUAGUGGAGGUUGCGUGUUCUAGCAACUUAACGACCCUUUGUUCGCAAUCCUGCGCCAAGGUCUCGGGCAAUGACACGUGCGUCUGUGUGGGUGGCUACGUACUGGCCGCAAAUGGAUAUACGUGUGUCGACGUGAAUGAGUGCUCGCCUUCAAACCCGUGUGGCAGCAACCACAGCGUCUGCACCAACACCGCCGGUGGCUAUAUGUGCUCAUGUUCCGACGGUUAUACCAAGGGCGCCAACAACGAAUGCGUCGAUCGGAACGGCGGCUUCACCCAGUGGUCCUUGUGGAACAUAUGCUCAGUCACGUGCGGCUCAGGUGUGACGUCACGAACGCGCACGUGCACAAAUCCCACCCGGGAGGGGAGCGGGGCUCCCUGUACUGGAGACACUUCGGAAACUAAGACAUGCACAUUGGAUCCUUGCGCAAUUUCCGUACAAGAACAACAACACGGCCUCGAUUUGACAAUAAAAGGGCUUACCAUCGACCAGUUCAACAACCUGAAGGUCCAAUUCCAAGAUAGCGUUGCCUCGGGUCUGAACACGUUUUGCAGGGCGAGCGAGACUAAUGCGAGAGUCUGUUGCCAAAACACGUUAAGAUAUACCCCUACUUCAAGCAUGCUAUUCAUGAGCGACAAAGACGUCAUAAUCAGCAAUGGCUACCCGACGCUCGACGGCGACAACAACCUGAUCGUGUACUUCGUCGCCAAAUACUCCUCAAACAAUUCCCUGUGCGCCAGCGGCAGUGCCGGAGGUAGGAAGCGACGGCAGAUCACGCUGAACAGCAUAGAGAGCCUCAUGUCACAGGCUACACUUCUGUCAUUGUUCCAGGCGCAGCAAAGUGUUAUCCUGAGCACUUUCAUAACGCAAGCGACAGUUAUGCUGGGUACGGCGUCAUCAAGCAUUACGUUCGUGGCGGUUGCUGUCAUAGACGAUGGUCAACCAGAUUCAAAGGGAGACGGGUCGAAGCGGCCAUCGGACUUGGUGAUAGUGUUAGCCGUGGUGGGAUCGGUCAUCGGUGCCGCACUAAUUGUGCUUAUAGUUGUCCUGGUCAUCAAAGCUCAAAAGGCCGACCAAAACCGAGUCAAUCCCGUCAGCGUGCAAGCGGCCUCAUUAAACAACCAUCCAAACGGGCACCAGACUCGAACGCCGCCGCCACCCCAGGUGAUCGGAUAUAUCGGCGACGAGGGCGCGAUGAGGGGUAAGGCAGACUUCGAAAAUAGGCGGCGCAGUCAGAAUCCGCCGGAUAACCGAGUGCUGACAAUAGCGCCGGUUGACGACCCCUACUUGUCGCACGUGUAGACCGCGGGAAAAUGCAAUUUAUCCGCGGUCCAACCAAAAAUGUCUGGAGGGCCAUAGUCGAUGUAACACAUAUGUGUAUGAUUAUAAGAUCAGCUAAGCUACGCAACUUGCAAUUUUAAAAACUAACGUGGUAAUGUCACGAGUGUUAUAUGAUAUUGUACAAUCAAUGUGUAUGGAAUAUUUCGACGUGUGCAAUAAUAUAAUCAAAUGAUAUAUUAAAUAUGUGCAAUACUGCUAAAACGAUAUAAUCAUAUCAUCCUUAGGAAGAACGCAUGCAUUAUUCUGCGAAUCAAUCGUUAUUGAAAACACUAAACAAACAUCAAACGCAAUCGAAUGGGGACACCUUGACAAACAUAAUGGAUUUGAAUUGAGAACGUCUCAUUACGUAAAACAUUAAAUUUUGCACAUUUAAAAACCUGGGGUAUGCGUGAUCUUUGUAAACGUUAAAAGUUUCGUAAUGUCAUUUAAUAACGUUGAAUCAAGUGCUACGUCGUAGAGGUUUACAAACUUCCCCUAUGUUUAUGCCCCGAACGAGGGCAUAUAGUGAUCGGACCGUCCGUCUGUCUUUCCGUCACACUUUGCAUUUAGGUUUCGAAAAAUGCUCAUAACUUCUAUGUCGCUUCAGAUAGCAACUUGAUGUUUGACAUGCAUGUAUAUCUCAUGGAGUUACACAUUUUGGGUGAUGAAA